AUUAACAGCAUAGACUUAUCGAACUAACAGAGAUGCCAAUUGCCAGAGAUCUCCAUUCAAAAUGAAUUAUUAAUCUACUAACAAUAAAAAUGUAAAUAGAAUUUAUUGACAAAUUAAUGUAAUCCAUGGAUGCGUACAUACGAAAUGAGCUAAGUGUGGACGGUAAUCUGACACUGGAACAAGCGGCAAUGCAUUCCGCCAAAUUGAUCGCCUGGCUCUUGGAUUGCCAGGAUCAGAUGAUGGGCCAGAAGGAGGAGCGGGAUCAGCUGGUACUCAAUUAUCUGGAUGUGGAGUGCAUGUUCAAGGCGACACUGUAUCUGCACGAAUGCUAUGCGCAGCUGGGCGAUCAGCUAGUGAAAGCAGUGCUCCUCCAAUCCACUCAAGCACAUGCGGUUAUUAGACGCUACUACGACAUGGAUCGGAGGCAGUGCAUCCGGGCGAUGUGCGCCAAUAUUAUUAAUGGUACACUCAAUGGCCACACGCUCGCCCCGCUCCUCUAUAAAAUGCACAAAGCGUAUGCCCAACUCCAACCAGCCUGGGAUAUCAUCAAGGAUUUGGAUUGGUCCGAGUUGAGCAGGGACAAGGAAGAGGAAUAUAGCCGGUUGAAUGUCGCUGCUAUGGAGCUGAAUAUCGAUGUGUUACAAAUGCAUCAACUGGUGCGACGCAUCUUUCGCCUAGCCACCGUGGAGCACAUCAAAAUAGCGUUGAAGCGUGCAAUGACACUGAUCUCCUCGGAUUUGUGGCUGCAUUUAUUCCGGGAGAGCAAGGAGAGCAUUCUCUACACACGCUGUUAUCUGUUGCGCCACAUGAUCUGUGAUAUGCUCAUCGAGGUGCAAGUGGAGAUGGAGGACACUGCCUGCUCCAGUUUUGUGCAAAACAUUUAUCAGUUUGUUGUUUUUGCCAACAGCGGAUCAAAUUUGUCGCGUUUAUUUUGCUGGUUGCGCCACGUACGCUUCGCUAGCGCCUUGGGAAGCUAUUUCCAUGCCUAUUGGCUGCAACAAUUGCCUCAUUUGCAGGUGGAUGACAUACAAUGUGCGCCAGAGGCGCCACUUGUAUCCCUACCGCUGGACGAGAUUUUAUACUUGACACAUUUGCUGCUCGCGCCCAAAUCACCGUGCAGAAGCAGAUUUUAUCAGCAGCUCCAAACGCUUCCUGCGCCGCACCUGAAUCGACUGAUGCAACUGCUCAAUAAGGUGGCCUAUGUUUAUAGCUAAUAAAAGUAAAAAGAAUUACAUAACGCAAAUUCAGAUUGUUUUUAUAAAGUAAAUGCAUAGUCAAAUAAACGCCAGAUGGCGCCCAAGUGCAACCGUAAGCAAACGUUCGCUUACAAAAUGCA